AUUAAACACUGUUGAUUUAGCAAUUGUGCAGGACAAUGGCAACAUCUUUUCUUUAAACAAUACUCACCUUUUAAAGGGAGUGAAACCGUUUAAGGAGAGAAUGAAAGAACAAACCACCAAAGUUAUUCAGCUGAGUGAUUAUUUAAAAGAAUUCUUGCUGAAAAUCCAAAAUGAAGGAUUGUAUGAGGCCUAUUUGGAAUACGGCGACAAUCCACCUCGCCCAUCUCCUCCGAAAACAGGCGCACCGCGGCAAUUUGUACCACCAGACGAUAUUGAAUAUGACGUGAUUAUUGUUGGAGCUGGUAUGUCUGGUCUUGCCGCAGCGUAUGAGUUGAAGAGAGCUGGGCUAAAAGUGAAAAUACUGGAGCAGACUGAUCGUUAUGGUGGAAGAGUUUUCACUUAUGGGGAAGAUGCAGGCCUUGCACCCGGUCUAUUUGGCGAAGCCGGAGCGAUGAGAUUUCCUGGUGGUGUGGAUGAACCAAAUGAAAGAGCGCAUUUUCUAACGGAUGAUAUGUCACUGACUUUGAACUAG